AGCCCAUUGUUCUCUGUACCCGUACUCCCUGGGAAUGGCAAAGCAUUCGUGCAUAUGACAGGCUCAUUCUCCAGCACUGCAUUGCGCUACUUCUCAGCGGUGUCCGCACCGCAUGCCGAACUCUCUGGAUCUGGUAGAUGAAGAUUUACGAGGUACCUCGCCACCUCACGCGGUGGUGGAACUUCCGGUAUACUCGCCGCCCCACACUACGGUUACACCCCGACCUGCACGCAUUAUCGUGUGCGCAACGUGGUCUACGUGCUGUGCAAAAAAAGUUUGGUAACUGCUUGCUUAAUGGUAGGAUGGGCACUUGUCUCGAGCGGACCCUGGUUGUUCCUGCAGCAAAAAUACGACGUGGCUGCAGCAUGAAUCCACCACCAAAGUGCUCUAACCCACAGCGAUGUAUACAAUCGCACAGAGAGCCCGAGCCGGAAGUGAGAUUGCGACCAGAAAGUUCGUACUGAUGGCGACUCGCCCAAACGUCAGGCUACCCGGCAGCAAUUCCAUCUGACGACCGAAGACAACGACCGAAGUGAUUGCAUUGCUGCAUGUCUCGUGAAGGACUCUAGACGCUGCGAACGC